UUUCCUUUUCAGUUUUUAAGCCAUGGAACAAAAGCAAUGUGCCAAAGUAAUGCUCCUCAAGCUGCCUUCUUUCCACCUCUUCAGAAAUGGAUGCUGCCGCCAGAUUCUUUUAAAGGGAAAGUGGCCUUUAUCACAGGCGGGGGCACUGGUCUUGGAAAAGGAAUGGCAAGUGCUCUGUCUAGUAUGGGAGCCGUGUGUGUCAUAGCAAGCCGGAAACUUGAUGUACUAAAACAAACUGCUGAAGAAAUUUCUUCUAAAACAGGAAAUAAGGUACAUGCAGUCCAGUGUGAUGUGAGAGAUCCAGCUUCAGUUAGCAGUGCGGUGUCUCAUUUGAUCAAUGUGGCUGGACUUCCCAAUGUUAUAAUAAAUAAUGCAGCUGGAAAUUUUAUUUCUCCUUCUGAACGUCUUUCUGCAAAUGCCUGGAGGACAAUUACUGAUAUUGUUCUUAAUGGUACUGCUUUUGUAACUCUGGAAAUUGGAAAAGAACUGAUUAAAGCACAGAAAGGAGCAGCAUUUCUGGCAAUUACAACAGUGUAUGCAGAAAGUGGAUCUGGGUUUGUGUCACCAAGUGCUUCUGCCAAAGCAGGUGUAGAAGCUUUCUGCAUGUCUCUUGCAGCCGAAUGGGGUAAAUACGGCAUGAGAUUUAAUGUGAUUCAGCCAGGUCCAAUAAAAACAAAGGGAGCAUUCAGCCGUCUUGACCCAACAGGUGAAUUUGAGAAAAAAAUGAUCGAAAGAAUUCCUUGUGGUCGCCUGGGAACUGUGGAAGAAAUUGCAAACCUGGCCACCUACCUCUGUAGUGAUUAUGCAAGUUGGAUUAACGGAGCCGCCAUCAGAAUGGAUGGUGGUGAAUAUGUGUCUAUGGCUGGAGAGUUUAAUUACCUACAUAAGGUUACCAAUGAAGAGUGGAAAAAAAUGGAAGAAAUGAUAAGGAAAACAAAAGGCUCAUAACUUCUGUGAGGGUUCGGUUCGUGUGGGGGCCAACUCUGGCUUGUCGAAAGGAAUGGUUCAGAUGAGGAUUUCUUUUCUAACAAAGGAACAUUUAUUGUGCUCUUAACAAAUAAACCAGUGUCUUCAAUUGUA